UGACAGCAGCUACUGUUGUAAUUGUAAACAACGUGUGAGCCCAGUCUGAACAGCGGGGGGAACAUCUUGUGUUUGUCUUUGAACCACACGGUGUAUUUUAGGAGGUAAACAGGCGGACAGGAGCUAACUCUGCGAGAUGGUGCUGCUGCAUUUGAAGCGCGGAGAUGAGAGCCAGUUUCUUUUCAACACCACAGUGGACGCGCCUCUGGAGACGGCCAUCAAGCAAAUUACUGCUAUUUACAACGGGAGGCUCAAAGUGGACAGAAUAUGUUCAGAGAUCCCAGAGCUAGCAGACCACGGCAUUACUCUGCCACCCAACAUGCAGGGGCUGACAGGGGAGCAGAUUGUGGAGCUGAACCUGAGAGAUGAAUGGGAAGAUAAUUGUGUGCCCAGCGGAGGACCGGUACUGAGGAAGGAUGAGAUCGGUAGGAGGAAUGGACAAGCUCCAAAUGAUAAAAUGAAGGAGGUAUUAAUGAGAACAAUGGAGGAGGCAAAGGCACUUAUCUCUAAAAAACAAGUUCCAGCUAAUGUGUGCCUUACCAUGGAGAUGGUAAAAGAAGCUCUAGAUCUGCUAAGGGGUGCGGUCAUGAUUGUGUAUCCCAUGGACCUGCCUCCUCAUGACCCUAUCAGGAUGGAGUUUGAGGACCGGGAAGACCUUUCAGGAACACAGGUGAUCACGGAGGGCGAGUGCCAGCUAUGGUGGGCUGGCAAAGAGAUGCAGAGAGGGAAAAAACUGCAGGACUACAUAGGCAAAAAUGAAAAGACCAAACUUGUGAUUAAAAUCCAAAAGAAAGGGCAGGGGGCACCAGCGAGAGAGCCUCUGCUCACUGAUGAGCAGCAGAAAAACAUGAUGAUGCAUUACCACAGAAGACAGGAGCAGCUCAAGAAACUGCAGGACGCAGAUGAUGAUAGCUAUCACGACUCAGACUGGUCUGACAGACAGGCCCUCAAAAGACAGUUUCAAGGCCUCACAAACAUAAAAUGGGGACCGAGAUAAAGACGACUGCCACUCUGAUUGCCACCUUGGAACCGCUGCUCUUCCUUGUUCCUCUACUACGAUGUGUAUGCAACCGACUAAGAUGCCUUAUGAAGAUCUUGACGUCUGUCUGUGUCUUCCAGAGAAUAUUAUGCACAGCAAAUGUGUUCAAACAACAAUUCAUGCACAGAAAGAUGGUGUUGUGUAAAUGCUGAGUUUCUGGCAAUAAAAACGAGCAGUUUACUGAAAUGUAAAGAAUGUGUUGGACACCUUGUAUGAAAAAACGGGUAAUGACAUCACGCUGACGCAGAUAUUAUAAACCUGAUUUAUUUGAUAUUGAAUCUGAUCCUGUACACCUGAUUGUAUCACCCUGUUAUAAGUUACAUUUUUUAAAUUGAAGCUGUGAAAACAAAAUAAACGUUAAUCUAAGUUUCCAUUUGUGUGUUAAGAAUAUAAUAGAAUAAC